AAUAAACAAAACCCUUAUUCCGCUCAUUCGCGCUCAAACGACGAAACGAUUCAAACGAUUAGGGCUGAGGGCUUCACAAGUUGAGAUGGACUUUGAAGGUACAUCCAUGGCUCAUCUUCCUCCAUCCCCUGUAGAUCUCGUUGAUCAUCCACCAUCGGAAUCGCCGGAAUCAUCAUCUCCUCUAUCCCCUCUAGGUCUCGCCGAUCAUCCACCUUCGGAAUUGCCGAAAUCAUCAUCUCCCACCAGAAUGGAGGAUGAUGGGCGUGAGGAGAAUGUCAAAGAAAGUGAGGAAUUGAUCAAAAAGUACCUUCCAUGUCUUAAGAUGGAGUUUGAAUCGGUGAAAGCGGCGUUUGAGUUUUACAAUGAAUAUGCAAGGAUUACCGGUUUCAGUGUUAAAAUAUGUUACAGUAAUUUAAGCAAGAGAGAUGGUGUUAUGAUUAGUCGAAAAUUUGCAUGUAAUAAGGAAGGACAAAAGGCAAAAGAUAAACGGAACUUAGUUGUAGAACGACCUCACAAAGACACCAGAAUUAAUUGUCUUGCAUCCCUGUUUGUAUCAUUGGACCGAGGAACUUCGAAAUGGGUUGUGAAAAGGUUUGAAGAAAACCACAACCAUCUUUUACAUCUUCUCGAACAUUCCCAUUUGCUGAAAUCCCACAGAAUGGUAAGCGAGGCUCAGGCUAUAAAUAUUGAUAUAGCUGCUGAUAUUGGUUUAUCGCUUAAGGCAUCGCACGAUCUCUUAAGUGCCCAAGCAGGGGGGAAGGAAUGCUUAGGGUUCACGCGGGAGGACCAAAAAAAUUAUUUGCGUUCGAGAAGACAAAGGAGCUUAAAGUAUGGUGAAUCGGGGGCUUUGUUGGGAUAUUUUCGUAAUCAAUCUGCUCAAAAUCCAUAUUUCUACUAUGCGGUUCAAUUGGAUGUUGAUGAGAAGAUAACCAAUAUUUUUUGGGCUGACCAUGAGAUGAUUACAGAUUAUGGGCUUUUCGGAGAUGCUGUAUCCUUUGACACAACAUUCCGCACAAACAAAGAGUGCCGACCCUUUGCUCUUUUCACUGGCUUUAACCAUUUUAGAAUGACAACAAUUUUUGGUGCGGCACUAUUAUAUGAUGAAACGGCAGAUUCCUUUGAGUGGUUAUUUAAGACCUUUUUGCUUGCUAUGUCCGGAAAAAAGCCUACUACCAUUUUCACAGACCAAGAUGCCGCAAUGGCUAAGGCAAUUUCCAAUGUCAUGCCCGAUGUAAGUCAUGGAUUGUGUACGUUUCACCUUAAUCAAAAUGCUUUGAAGAAUUUGGGUUACUUGUUCCAUGCUGAUUCAAAUUUUGGUAAAGAGUUCAAUGCUUGCAUUUUUGGGUAUGAGGAGAUAAAUGAGUUAGAGAAAGCUUGGCAUACUUUGAUUAAGAAAUACAAUUUACAAGAUAACUCUUGGAUGGCUAAAACUUGGGAAAUUAGAGAGAAAUGGGCGCAUGUAUACAUGAAAUGGUCAUACACUGCGGGAAUGCGGAGCACCCAACUUAGUGAGAGCCUUAAUGCAAAACUAAAGAGGUGUUUAAAAUCGGAUCUCAACAUUGUUCAAUUCUUGACUCAAUUUGACAUAAUUGUUGUGGAGAAAAGAUAUGAGGAAUCUAAAGCCAUAUACAAUUCUAGAGAAACGUUGCAGAGAUUGUUGCUGAAAAAAUCUCCUAUGUUAAUUCAAGUUGCACAAUUGUACUCCCCUCCUCUGUUUGACUUGUUCCAUGAUGAGCUUGACACCUCACUUCGUUGUAAGGUGAAGCAAUGUCAUGAGUUGGAAGGACAAUUUAGUUGUGUGAUUACCAUGCGUGGACAGAAUGUGGAGUAUGUGGUGAAGGGUAGUGUUGAAAUAGAUGAGACUGAUGAAACUAUUUGUCGAGAUGUUUGUUGUACAUGUCGAAAAUUUGAAAGUUUCGGAAUUUUAUGUAGCCAUGCAAUUAAGGGGCUUGAUCGAAUGAGUGUUAUGGAAAUUCCUGAAAGGUAUGUAUUAGGGCGAUGGCGAUUAAAUGCAAAGGAGUGUGAAUUGGAGAAGGGCAAAAGUAGAGUGGAUGAGAAUGAUCCUAAAUUACUAAAAGCGGCUCGUUUUAGGAUUAUUUGUCCAAAGAUGGUAAAGUUAGCUACUCAGUCAUGUGAACUUGAAGAAACAUAUGAAUUUGUGGAAGAGACGUUGGAAUACAUGUGUGCAAAAGUCGCUGAUAUGCUUCUUGGAGCGGGAGAGGGAGCCCCCAUUGAAGUGGAGAAAGAAUUGGAGGUUGAUCCUCAAUUCGCACGAGUCAAAGGUUUGAAGAAGAAAAACGGCAUUCAAAUUAAGGGUACGAGAAGAUUAAAACCUUGGCAUGAGCUCAAGUCUAGAAAGAGGAAGAAAGUUGUUUCACACUCUACGACACAGCUUAGUGAGCAUGUUGACCAUGUUGCCACUACUACAAUUGUGCAUGGUUCGGUUUUGAAGCAACCAUCGGAUGUUGGAAUCCCAUAUGUUCCACAAAUGAUAAGUUAUGAAGAUAGUGGUCAAUCAAUUCCAUCAUCUUCACAAGCGUCAUGUAAUCCACAAACUUUGAAGGAGAUGCCAUUUGAUGCAACGAGUUACUCUUCAUGGGCUGGCGACUCAAUCUUGCAUGAUGCUUCUUUUAUGGAAAUAUUGGCUUAUUCGGGAUACCCCGCAAAAAAUUGAAGUGUAAUGUAAGGAUAAUGAGGGGUUAAAUUUUAGAUAUCAAUGACUCUCUUUUU